UCUAAGGAGCUUCCACCAUACGGAAACCUGUCUUUCACGAAAUACCAAAAUGCAACUUACAGAAGAAUCAAAGGAGCGUCUCAUCAAGGUUUUCAACGUCGGCAAAACUGUCACCCAUUACGGUUGGAUUCCUUUCAUCCUCUGGUUAGGAUACACCCAAAGCUCUCCCAAGCCUCAAUUGAUGCGUGUUAUUAAUCCUUUGGCUUAAAGCUGGAAAAGGCAUUUGAAGAUUUUCAAUGUUUUACCUACUGAGGUACAAAAAUUCAGUCAUCAUUUGAAAGUUUAUGUAAAGCCAUUUUGGUUUCAAAUGAAAUGUUUAUCCUAUUUCUCAUUCUUUGAUUGAACGCGACGCCUCUUGUUGCGCCGAAACGAACAAUAUGCUUAUUCCAAAUAAAACGAAUCCAAUCUGCUUACAAAAGCCUAAGUUAAACAAAUAGCAUGAAUAUUCAUGCAAAUGCACUUUAUGUGUUUGCAGCCCUUGUGAAAUAUCUACCGCU